UGUUAUUGUGUGUUGCGUCAUAGGAUUUGUUUAAGAACGUUCCAUCGAAUUCUGAGCUCGCCAUCUUGGAAGAAGACGAGUCAAAAACAUUUUCAAGUUUCUUUUAAUAUAUUUCAUUGAUAAACAUUCUCUUGUGAACGUGCUGACUGUUAAAAGGAAGAUGCGCCACUCAAAGCGAAUGCGCUCCCCAGGUGUCUGGCUCGAUGAGUACAGCUGGGAAGAGAGAAUGGAGUGUCGUAAACGCAGGAAACGAGAUUCGCACAGCAGCGAAAGAGAAAAUAAGUCCAGAAGAACUAACCGUCACCAUAAGACAUAUGAAGGGCAGUACCUGGAAGCUCGCAGUUUGAACCAGAAGCUGGACUCUAGGGAAAGACACAGUUUGGGCAUGGCCUGUGAGGAGGACGGUCGGGAGGGCACCUGCAAGAACAGAGACCGAGACUGGCACCAUUACAGCAAGUCAUCUGGGCGCAGUGGUCGGAGUGGUCGCAGCAGGCGAAGCAGCCGCAGGCACAGAGACAGAGACCGAAGGCGUAGACGUAGCCACUCUCGCCACAUGUCCUCUUCGAGGAGGAGCCAUCACCGCAGGAGCAGGAAAAGAUCCAGGAGUGUUGAGGAUGAUGACGAGGGUCACCUCAUCUAUCACAGUGGAGACAUGCUGAGAGCGAGAUAUGAGAUUGUGUGUACUCUAGGAGAGGGUGCCUUUGGGAAGGUGGUCGAAUGCAUUGAUCACAAUAAUGAUGGAGCUCGAGUGGCUCUGAAGAUCAUUAAAAACAUAGACCGCUACCGUGAGGCAGCGAUGUCUGAGGUAGAGGUGCUUGAACAGUUGAAAUCCCUUGACUCUGAAAGGAGAUAUGCUUGUGUGCAAAUGCUGGACUGGUUUGACUACCAUGGUCACGUUUGCAUUGCUUUUGAGCUGCUUGGCCUUAGCACAUAUGAUUUCCUCAAGGAGAACAACUUCCAGCCUUUCCCCAUAGAGCACAUCAGGCACAUGGCGUACCAGAUCGUCCAAGCUAUGCGAUUUCUGCAUAAGAACAAGCUAACCCACACAGAUCUGAAGCCUGAAAAUAUUCUCUUCAUAGAUUCUGACUAUGAUAUGGAGUAUAACCCUGAAAUGAAACGGGAUGAACGGACACUGAAGAACCCUGACGUGAAAAUUGUUGACUUUGGUAACGCCACAUUUGAACACGAGCACCACACAUCUGUAGUGUCCACACGUCACUAUCGUGCUCCUGAAGUCAUUUUAGAUCUAGGCUGGGAUCAUUCCUGUGAUGUCUGGAGUGUAGGUUGCAUACUCAUUGAGUACUAUCUUGGAUCUACCCUCUUCCAGACCCACGACAGUAAAGAGCACCUUGCUAUGAUGGAGAGAGUCCUGGGCCCCAUCCCCACAAACCUCCUGCAGAAAACCAAGAAACGACGAUAUGUUCACCGGUGCAAGCUUGACUGGGACACACACAGUUCUUCUGGGAGAUACGUUAGAAAACACUGCAAACCUCUCAAGCAUUACAUGAUGUCUAAGGGCGAAGACCACCAACAGCUGUUUGACCUUAUAGAGAAGAUGAUGGAGUAUGACCCAGCUAAGCGCCUCAGUCUGGAGCAGGCCCUGCGACAUCCCUUCUUCACCUGCUAUCACAAGAGCAGUAGCAAAAGCCACAGCAGAAGCAGCAGCAGCAGUAGCAGCAAAUAAGACCAAACUCCUGAAUCUGUAAACCACUGACCUGUAAGCUUGGUCAGGGCUUGGCUGUCAGCAUGACAUUUAUCAUGGUCAUUGAUGCCAGCCUUUAUUUCCUGAUUGUCCAGGAGAGGUGUACAUUAGCUGACUGUAUCAGUCCACUGCUUUCCUUUGCUGUGUCCUGUGUCUUAGUCUGACUCAUCAAGUUGUGUUUUGUGAAUGAUCCCCCAAGUGAUUUCUUUUUACUUGCCGUUAUAAUUUAACUUGUAACCUCUAAAUGUAUAGUGGUAGAGACCCCCCCCCCUUUUUUUUAAAAAAAAAACAAACAAAAAGAAAAACAUUGUUCGCACAGUCCUGUCCGUGUUAUCUCUGCAUUAUCAAGUGAGUGGUGGGUUAACAGUGAAAAUUGCUUUACCCUGCGUCAAUCUCACCAGUAAUUUAUUCUGCUUUGGUGGAUGUAAAGAAAGUCCUUGUACAUGGAAUUUAAGAUAUUUUUUUCACUGACUGGUUGUGUAACUUUUGCAGUAACAUGUACAUUUUCUCAAUAAACGUGAAUAUAGACGAGAA